AUGGCCCCGGUCACUGCCUCAGCCGCCUUAGACCCAACCGCAGCGCGUCAUGAGGAAUCACAGACGAUUAAGAUUGCUUCUGACCGUCUAAACUACACGAGUGAGUUUAUUACUGCUCAAUAUGAGUACCAAAACACGCACAUUGAGCGUGUGGCUGGCCCCGACGGCAAAGAAGAACUUAUUGCUAAACCUUUCAAGCAGGAGUUUGAAUUCCGCACGUCGCGUGCUGUUCCAAAGACUGGUCUCAUGCUGGUUGGAAUUGGUGGUAACAAUGGCACAACCAUUACUGCUACCAUUCUGGCCAAUCGCCAUCAGAUCCAAUGGCAUAACAAGGAAGGUCUUCAAACACCUAACUACUAUGGGUCCCUUGUACGUGCUUCGACUAUCCGUCUUGGUAGUGAUGCCAAGACUGGAAAGGAUGUAUGGGUUCCAUUCAGCAAUGUUCUGCCCAUGGUUCACCCCAACGACCUCGUUAUCGGUGGCUGGGACAUUAACAGUGCUCCAUUGGACAAAGCCAUGACUCGCGCUAAGGUAAUUGAUUACGACUUACAACGUCAACUUGCCCCUAAGAUGGCUGAGAUAAAGCCCCUUCCAUCUGUGUAUUACCCUGACUUUAUCGCGUCCAACCAAGAAGACCGCGCGGACAAUGUGAUUCCCGGUCAAGACAAGCAGGCGCAUGUGGAACAUCUGCGCAAAGACAUUCGUGAGUUCAAGAAGCAGCAUGGCCUCGACCAGGUUGUCGUCGUUUGGACGGCUAACACGGAGCGUUACUCGAACAUCGUUCCUGGCGUCAAUGACACUGCUGACAACUUGCUCCGAGCAGUGCAAGCGAACCAUGAGGAAGUGUCACCCUCGACUAUCUUUGCCAUUGCAUGCAUUCUUGAAAAUGUACCUUACAUUAAUGGUGCUCCUCAAAAUACGUUUGUGCCGGGUGCCAUUCAGCUUGCUGAGCGCCACAAGGCCUUCAUCGGUGGUGAUGACCUCAAGACAGGUCAAACGAAAGUGAAAAGUGUUUUGGCAGAGUACCUCGUGAACGCUGGUAUCAAGCCGUUGUCUAUUGCCAGUUACAAUCACCUUGGCAACAAUGAUGGCUACAACCUCAGCUCCCAGCGACAAUUCCGGAGUAAGGAGAUUAGCAAGAGCAGUGUUGUGGAUGACUGCUGUGAAGCCAACCACUUACUGUACCGUCCUAGUGAAUUUUCUCAGGGAGGCGAAAUGCACGCUAAAGGCGAGCGCCCUGAUCACUGCAUUGUCAUCAAAUACAUUCCAGCUGUGGGCGACCAAAAAGUUGCUAUGGAUGACUACACAAGUGAACUGUGCUUGGGCGGUCGCAACCGCUUGUACGUGACGAACCUCUGUGAGGACUCCCUUCUAGCUAGUCCUCUCUUGAUCGAUCUUGCGAUCAUGGCUGAACUGAUGACUCGUAUCACGUACCGCGUACCGGGAAGUGAAGAAUCGUCGUGGCAGUCAAUGUAUUCCAUUUUGAGUUUGCUGAGCUACAGUCUCAAAUCGCCUCUUGUCAAGCCAGGUACCGAUGUGGUUAACAGUCUCAACCGCCAACGUGCAGCUGUGACCAAUUUCCUUCGUGCCUGUCUUUCGCUGGCCCCUGAGAGCGACAUGCUGCUCGAGACUCGUUUGUGGUAA